AUGUUCCGCGUUGACGUUGCUGCCGGUCGAGGUUCGGGGACGAAGUCGAUGUCGCAAUCGAAGCUUGACCGUACCAAGUUUAGCGGCCCCUCUCACGGACGGGACCAUGGCAACGAUCGCCACGGCCGCCCCCCCUCCCCCCCAGGUGGUACUUUUCGGGUGGAGAAUAGUGGGCAACGGUCGAAGGUUCUUGAUGGAUUCUCGCUGAAGAAGACCCAAACAAAGGGCCCCAGAGAAAAGAACCUGUUGAGCCUUUCCGCAUCUUGCGCCAUGCUCCGGUCUCGUCAGCGCGCCCCUGUCAUCAAGGGUCGGCAACUCGGCUUCUGGGUGACUGUGUUGCUGGGAAGGGAUGGCAACAUGCUUGACUGUGUGGUAGCAGCCGAUGUCUGGUUGCGAAGGCUCAUUCCGCGUCGUACAACCCCUUGA